AAGGCAGAUUUCUAGAGUUCAUAUGGCAUUGAGAGGAUUUCUUUGGCGCCGACCAACACGUGAAGCGGCCACCAUGGCAGGGGUCACUGCUCACAAGAUCAGUAAACACAUCACCUUCUUCGCCAGUGGUGUCGCUGGGACUCCCACGGCUAGUGUUUUACCUGCUCACCCUAAACCGAUACUGCUGUUGCUGCCAUCGCUGGGCUCCAGGCCACAGGCCAUUGCCAAAUACUGUGAGAUUUACUUUCGCAUGGGCUUUGAUGUGCUCGUAGUGGAAAGUGAGGUGAGCCAGUUCUUGUGGCCCCGCUGGGGGUUGGAGUAUGGUGGUCGUGUGCUGGAAUUAUUAGAGAGCGAGCGCUUCUCACAGCGCCCUCUACUGGUCCAUGCUUUCUCCAUAGGGGGAUAUACCUUUGCUCAGGUGCUUGUUCAUGUGGCCAAAGACACCCAGCGUUACCAAGGCCUGACAAACAGAAUCAGGGGGCACAUCUAUGACAGCCUUGUCAUGGGAUCGCUGGAGCAUAUGGCCAACGGCCUGGGUAAAACUAUAUUGCCCCGGAUGGAAGGUCUCGUGAAGUCGGCUAGCCUUCUGUACUUCCGUGUCUUUAAACACCAGACGGUUGACUACUUCAAUUCAUCGAUCAGUGUUUUCUGGAACACUCCUGUGAUGGCGCCUGCUCUUUUCUUCUACUCUGAGAACGAUGCACUGUGUGAUUACAAGAGCUUGGAGAAGAUGGUGGAGUUCUGGAGGAGCCGCGGCCAAACUGUGGAGAGCAAGAAGUGGAAGGAGUCUGUUCAUGCAGGUCAUCUGCGCACACACCCUCAGGAUUAUCUGUCCACGCUGGAGUACUUUGUGCAGUCUCUCAACAUGGUGCCUCUGAAGGCCAAAAUAUGAAUUUUGAAGGCUGUCAUCCGUCUCAUUAAAACAUCCAAGUUGCCUGAAGUGCCUGAUUUUAUUAUUACAUUGACAUUCUCAUGCUCUUUGUUCAAGUGGUAACUUUGGUCUUGCAAAAUCAGACUGUUUCUCAAACUUCUUCAGUCUGUUGAAAUAUUUAUGUUAACUACAUGAAACCCUUUUCAGCCAAAAAUUCAUACCCAGUCCAAAAGAAGAAUCUGAGCUCCUUUUGAAGACUGUAGCACUGUUAUGUUAGGGACGUGCAAUACUUCAGUUAGGUUUAUUGCACUACAAUGUGAAGCUCUUGUACUUUGUCCAACAUCUGUUCGGACCUCAAAAUGACUUGACAUACAAAACUCUGUAUCAUUAUUUUGUUGUAGAUAUUUUUUUGCUAAACCGUAAGUACUUGAAUAACACUUAAACGUUUUUUUUCCCCGACCUUUUGUUAAUAGUGAAUUAUAGUUUAUAUGACAACUUGACUUAACAUUUAACAUCUAUAGUAUGUUCUUUUGAAUAUACUGUCCUUUGAUCAUUUAUCUGUUACCUCAAAAGGAAAGUUAUUUUUUAAAUCUACAGAAAUGACGUACUUUAAAUUGGUCAAUGACGAAAUCUGAAGUAAAUUAAUAAAUUAAAAACAUAAUACACUGUUUGACACAAUCCUGGUAAACCUAUGCAAUGUUGUUUUUCUAGCAAUGACGCAUGGGUGGUUUGUUCAGGUACCUAUGCAGACAAUAUGGUAAAUACAAGUGGGACACUUAGGUUUUUGUAUUACAUUAUUUUAUAUUUUUAUUCUGUAUAG